AUGGCUGCAGCAAUUGAAGCGCCGAUUACCAUGUCGAAGAUAGGACUAACCAAGCGUCGUAAGAUUUAUGCCACCUCAGAAGAGCGCAAGCAGCGCAAUAGACAGGCGCAAGCCGCCUUUCGUGAGCGACGGACAGAGUAUAUCAAGCAGCUCGAGAGCACCAUAAAGCACCAUGAGGAUACCCUGCAGAACCUGCAGAACAGUCACCGCAACGCCGCCGACGAGUGCCUUAUGCUCCGGUAUAAGAAUUCUCUACUCGAGAGGAUUCUGCUAGAGAAAGGUAUCGACGUCCAGGCCGAGCUGCGCGCGAAGACUGGCAGUCCAAACCUGGGGCCGACCAGAGCCCCAGCCUCUGCACAUACCUCGCCAAACCAGGCGCCUCUCCAACAACGUGCUAUAUUGAACAGACAACAACAGAGGCGGUCGCUGCAAGGCCCGCCCAAGGUUGAUAGUCUAAAUGGCUUGCCCAUGAUACAGCCGGAUGGGCCGAUUCAGCGUUCACCACUGUCGCAACCCACUCCUGGUUCACAUAUGUCGUCGCCUGCUCAAUCAGCAACGCGCUCGCCGAGCUUCAUACCUCACGGUCAAUCAGUGUCUCCCAACUUUGGGCCCAUUCCUCCACAGCAGCAGCAGCAGCAUCAACAGCAGCAACAGCCGCUGCGGCCACAACCACCUAGAUCAAACUUCACUCCUAUGAUGAAUGCUCAGCGACCUUCUCCGCUUGUAACAAACCAGCCUGUCUCGAAUGGCAUGACAAGCGCGUCUACCGUUGGCAGCAACGGAAACGGCAUAACUCAGAGCAGUGGUCCUUCGUCUUUCUACCAGACUCAAUUCACAGACCAUAUGAGUCAACUCGGCAAGCUGACCCAGCAGGAGUACGAGGAACAAGCCGACUCCUACAACGACCAUGACGACCCGAGCGACCACUCUGCUGGCCCCGGCCCGUUCCCGCAGCAGAGCUUCCCCCCUUCGAACAACAUGCCACCGCCGAUGCCGCCGUCGCAGAACCCUCCCUUUACGAGCCCAGCAGCUUUAGCCCCCAACGACGGGGGCCACAACUUCAAUGGCAUGGGCAACAACCACCUUUUCGACCCGUACGACCCGAUGCUCGACGCCGACCCCUUCGGACUUUCGGCCAGCAUGCACUUCCCCACGAUGUAUGAGAGUAGAUGA